GUAGAGCAAGUGAAAUUACUAGAUAGGUUCAGCACAAGCAAUAAGUCACUGACGGGAACUCUAUACCUUACAGCAACUCAUCUGUUAUUCAUAGAUUCAAGCCAGAGAGAGACAUGGAUUCUACAUCAUCACAUUGCUGCGGUGGAAAAACUUCCCUUGACUACUUCUGGCUGCCCGCUUGUCAUCCAGUGCAAGAACUUCAGGAUAGUUCACUUUGUCGUUCCCAGAGAGAGAGAUUGUCAUGACAUUUAUAACUCUUUGCUUCAGCUGUCAAGAACAGCAAAAUAUGAAGAACUGUAUGCCUUUUCCUACAAUCCAAAACAAAACGAAUUAGAGCAAGUCAAAGGUUGGCAGCUUAUCGAUCUAGCAGAAGAAUAUAAGAGAAUGGGAGUGCCAAAUGCUAACUGGCAGUUGUCCGAUGCAAACCGUGAUUAUAAGAUUUGUGAAACCUAUCCUAGAGAGCUUUAUGUUCCCAGAACUGCAAGCAAGCCCAUAAUUGUUGGUAGCUCCAAGUUCAGAAGCAAAGGAAGAUUCCCAGUGUUGUCAUAUUAUCAUAAAAAUAAAGAGGCUGCGAUUUGCAGAUGCAGUCAGCCUCUCUCAGGUUUCAGUGCCAGGUGCCUGGAAGAUGAACACAUGUUACAAGCCAUCAGUAAAGCAAAUCCUUCAAACCGUUACAUGUAUGUCAUGGACACCAGGCCGAAGCUUAAUGCAAUGGCAAACAGAGCGGCUGGAAAGGGCUAUGAGAAUGAAGACAACUACUCUAACAUUAGGUUCCAGUUUGUUGGCAUUGAAAAUAUUCAUGUAAUGAGAUCCAGCUUACAAAAACUUCUGGAAGUUAGUGGCACAAAGGGUUUGUCUGUCAAUGACUUUUUGUCUGGUUUGGAGAAUUCUGGAUGGCUGCGUCAUAUCAAAGCUGUGUUGGAUGCUGCUGUCUUCCUAGUCAAGGCAAUAGCAGUUGAAAGCGCGAGUGUAUUAGUGCACUGCUCAGAUGGCUGGGAUAGGACUUCCCAAGUUUGUUCUCUUGGAGCUCUCUUGCUAGAUUCCUAUUACAGAACAAUCAAAGGAUUCAUGGUCUUGAUAGAGAAAGACUGGAUCUCUUUUGGGCACAAGUUCUCUGACAGGUGUUGUCAGUUGGAUGGUGAUCCAAAAGAGAUCUCACCAGUGUUCACCCAGUUUUUAGAAAGUGUAUGGAAUCUGACUGAGCAGUUUCCACAAGCCUUUGAGUACAAUGAAGCUUUCCUCCUUCAAAUACAUGAACACGUCCAUUCGUGCCAGUUUGGUAACUUCCUUGGAAACUGCCAAAAAGAGCGAGAAGAACUAAAGUAA